CCGGAAGUAGGACGAGAACCAAAACAUGAAGCAACAGUCGUGUAAGUGUAGACAUACAAAUGUUUUUUUUAUUGAACAAUGUUAACAUAAUUUAGAAUUAUUUUUGUAUAGUUGGUGGUUAUUGAAAGUAUAUGUACUGUGCAUACAGUCUUAGAUACGUCAAGAACAUUACUUCCUGGUUUAGUGAAGUGCCGCCAUCAUUUGGUUAAAUCCGUUUAUGUUUGAGUAUUUUCAAAUCAUGACCACAAGCACUUUAAAAGCGAUUGUACAAGUUUUCAGGGACGUGGUUCCUGUCGUGACGAGCGGGGUGUUCUUGAUCAUCUUCACGUCGUGUGCUUUGUUUGGCAUCCUAACCUAUUUAGACCUGCCUCCUGUGAGCCUGAGCGUUGGUUCCAGUGUUUUUCUCAAUGGACAUGUACACAGGCUCUUCACCUACCCUUUCUACCACAGAAGCCUCAGCCAGCUGCUCCUCAGCAACUGCACCAUUGUGUUCCUCAGUGGUAGUUUGGAGAAAGGAGUUGGCACUGUUCGUUUCCUGUUUGUGUGCACCCUGAUGUCCACCAUCACUGGUUUGUUGUACGCCUUCCUGGAUGUCCUGCAGGAUAGCCAAGCACCCACAGAGGGCUUAGUACCUGUGGCCCUGGCCUGUGUGACCCUCACCACCACACACACAAAAAUGACGAAAGGAUUCCUUUGUGGGGUCAGUUUCCCCACCAUGGCGCUCCCGUGUGUGUUUGUCCUAAUCACCAACAUCUUCAUUCCUCAUACGGUGCUCCCAUGCUGCAUCAUAGCCACACUCAUUGGAUGGAUCCACGGAAGAGGAUGGUUCUCCCUUUUGGACAUGUCUGAGGCCAGGGCAGGUCUUUUGGAGAAGAUCGCACCUUUCCGCUUGUUGAGAAGCAUCAGCAUGAUAGUGUUCGUCCCAGCGUCCACAGAGGAGAGGAGGCAAACAUUGCUCCCUCAAAUAAACCCAACACCUGGCUCCUACCCAGUGCAGGCCUAUGCACCUGUGUCGAGCGCCAACAUGGCUGCUGGGAGCACCGGCGAGAUGUAUGAUGGUUGGAGGAACUCUGCCGGUGCUGUAUCUGGUCCAGCACUUCUCCCUCAUCUUCAUGGUUCUGCACCAGGCUUUAGUGGACACAUUUUAGAACAAAACCUCAGUCAAAGCUGGAAACACAACCAUCACGGCCAUAGUCAUGGCCAUCUUCAGUUUAAGUAGUUUUCUCAUCUCGCUGUCCGUUUUUCUGUUUCUCAGUCGAGGCAGAGGGCCAUCGAUAUAGUCUUGUUUCUCUUGGUACUUUCUUUUUAAGUUAGUUUUUCUGUGUACUAUGAGCAUGCAUUAUACAACUGAUGCUAAUAAUCAGCGUCCCCCUGUGACUGCAAUAAAAAUGUCAUUUCACAUCAAUAUUAUUAAUGGAUGCUCUUCUGACACAGAGACAGACAUCUUUAUAUGAGCAAAUAAGUUAGUUUAUACUGUGUAUGUAUUUUCUAUAUACACUUCAGCUUAGAAAGGGGAUUCUUCACCACUUUUACUGGAAUGCUUCCAGACCAGUUUAAGAGUGGCGAGUGUGAUGUAUUUUAUUUCAUUUAUGUUUGUCAUGGUAUUAGAUAUUGAUUCUGAAUGGUUCCAGAUGUUGUUGGUUUGGAGUAGUUUAUGUAUUCAAAGAUUAAGUGUUAACUGGUUUUCUUGCUUUAGUAUAUCUGUAAUGUUAUGCAUUGUUAUAUUGCAUUUUUUAAAUAUUAUUAUUGAUUUGUAUAAUUGUGAUAGUGGUAUUAUGAAGAGGUGGAUUGGGUCCCUACUGGAGGCACAGUUACCAGAUGCACCACCCACCACUGAUGUAACAAUGUGCAUGUGAAUGGGAUUACUUUAGUGAGUGACAGAGUAACCAGAGGCCAAACUAUGGUGUGCACAUCAGCACUUUGGUUUAAUUGACAAUUUUGUAAAGACAAAUUAAUCAGCUGCUCAGAUGACAUACGAGUCCCUUUGGAUCAGGAAAGCCACUGAGAUGCUGAGUUUCACAAGAUUUAAUGCUCUACAUGGAAAACAGGACUCAUUCCUCCCAGGUAUCACCAUAGAUGUUUUUCUUCACUGUAACAUAGGAAACAUACAUGAUACAAUGUGUUUCAUGAAAAAUAUAAUAAGUCAUAUUUAAUACAUUUGUUCAAAGACAGCCCACCGCUUUUUGUUGGUCUUUCCUGGUCCUUCUCGGGUGGCGUUUUAGGUAGUGUCUCUGCCUUUUGAGUGAGCGUGACUUCAUAAUUCUCACGGUUUUUGAGCCGCAAGUCCUCAUAGAGGAUGGCCUUCCUUUUGGGUAUGUCCUCUUCCAUGUACGUCUGGACUGCAGGGGACAGAAAGGAAUUAGUUAGUGAACAGUUGAAUGCAUUGGGGAAAGUUGUCUCUUUAAUUUCUUGGCUGCACAUCGUCAUUUUUACCAAUUGAAUUUGUCCCUGAGUAGCCCUCAAACGCUUGGUUGUACUUAAGUCUGUGUUCAGCUGGUAUAGCAAGCAUCAUUUCUGUGUCUUAAUGUCCCCUUAGAGUAUUUCCAUUGUUUAGUUGAUACCAGCCCAGUCCAGGGUGUACCCUGCCUUUUGUCCAAAGUCAGCUGGCCUAGGCUCCAGCAUAGAAGAUGGAUGGUUAAUUGAUAUCAGCAUAAACAAUUCACUGUGGAAGUUAUUAUAUAAUAUUCUGACAACAGGUGACACCAGAAAGUCAACACUUUCCUAUCACUCACUCACACAUACGAGCAGUGACCUGGAGAGAUUUUUUUUUUCAAAAACAGGUCUUGAACAAUACCUACAUAUGAUUUAUAUAAACACUCAGGUCAUUGUGAUGUCUAACCCUACUUUCCAUUGCCAUUUAAAACAUACAUACAAGUUAUAGGUAAAAUAAACAAUGAUAAAUGUCACAGUCUUACCUGGUGCAUCUUCAUUCCUCAUUUGAGAGGGUGUUUCUUGAUUAAACCCAUAUCCAUGUUCUGAUGUCUGGGUCACGCCCUCUGCUGGCUGGAACAUGGUGUCAAAGUUCUGGCUGUUUGGGUCGCUCAGCUCUGACUGAGGACUGAUGGGAUUAGGGAGGAAAAUCAGAACACUGUGUUACAGUAGGAUGGGAGAGUGGAGAAUGACACAGUGGGUGUGGUGUGGGUGGUACACACGACUGUGGAAGCAGUCCUGGUUUCCUUCUCAGGGCAUCUGCCAGAGGAGAGUUCUCCAGGUUCUUGAACUUCUCAUGACACGUUUUUAUGUAGGAAAUCCUGCCUGCCAUGUAGCCACAGAAGCCAGCAACUGGCGGGCACAAACAAGGGGGUGCAUACAUUAAAACGUACAGCUGCAUUCAUGGACACUGGGAAAUAUCCCACUGAGAACAAAACGACAGCAUUUGUUUGUUUCAUACAGUG